CUCCCUCGCAUCCUACCAUUUCUACCCAAUCCGUCCGACAACAGUAGACAGUAGAAAGAACAAGAUUGUAUAUGUCCUAGUAGUGGUAGUGGCAGCAGAGAGAAAGAGAGUACAGAGAGCAGUGUUUUCGUGUGCGCGUCGAGGCCGUCGAGGAAACGCAAAAAGGCAGCUGUUCUCGAGGAAGAGGUUUAUCCUUUGGUUUUAGUUGUGCAGUGUGUUUUGAAGACUAGUUGUAGCUGUGAGUAGUUUAAAACAAAGAAAACAGACAUGUCCUGGCCGUGGAGGGGUUAGGUGAAAGGGGGAUACAUCGAGGAAGGAAGUAAGGUCUCUCGCGCUGCUCCUUUCUUCGCGUCGACGAGGACGACGACGUCGACAGCUCGAGCUAUGGCUAAGAACGCAGGCGAGAGCAGAAUACCGCUGCCUCGGACGACGGCGAGGCCCUCGCUGUUGCCCAAGAUCCGCUCGCUGGGAGCGCCACCGAAGAUCGGCAGCCUCGGACAUAGGCGCUCGCCCUCCGGCUACUGCUCCUCCGGUGCUUCCUUCAACAAACAGCAGCAAUUCGUCGUUGGCAGCAAAACCGCCUCUACGGGGUACUGUGGUGACGUGCCCGCGAAGCAACCCAAGAUCGAUACCCAAUACCGGGGGCGCGAGUCUACCGAGACCAAGGACAAAGACGAUACGUUUGAAGCCGAUUACUCGAUAUCCACGAUAUGGAACUCGUCGGCGGACAACAAGGAGAAGGACCAACUGAUGCGACUCGGUGAGAACGAGAAGCUUGGGUUCCUCUGCUCGCAGGAAGAUCUGUCGGGCUACGACGACGCUGGCAUAAAGAAGCAAGAGUCGCGCGAGGAUCUGAGCAACGCGAGCAGCGAGGUUGGCACCAACAACAACAGCAGCAGCAAUGCCGACUACGCAAUAGAAUCGCCGGUCGCGACGGCGCCGCACUACUUGAUGCUUACCAAGCAGAACUCGUUCGAGCACGACGAGAGCCUGGGCAUCCUCACGCCAGAUCAGAUGACCGAUUUCACGGUGGCACUCGGCUCCUCGAGAACCCCCUCCUGCGAGAACCUAUCGGGCCACACGUCUUCGGGGGGUAAAAAUAGCUCGGUGGCGUCGGCUGCGAGUCGGAACCUGGACAUCGCCGCUUGUUUGCCGUCGAUCGAGGCGCUUUUGCCCGCCAACGAUCGGAGCCCGUCUCUCGAGGAGUUGCCCCUUGAUCCGAGGCCCGUUGUAAUCGUCGUUGACGAGGAGGCCGAGCUGCACGACCGGACUCUUUCCAGCGAAAAAUCGAUCGAGAGCCCGGCGCAUCAGGCAAACAGCGCGGCCGAGUUGUCGCCGAAAAAGGUCGCCAUCGAUUCGACGGAGACGAGCGAGAACACGAGCGAGCCGACGCGUUGCAGCGUCAGCAGCGGCCACGUUCUACCGACGAGCUUCAUCACCUCGGUUACGAGCAUCACGAGCCUCGAGGCCGGCUACCAGGGGGAUGGGGAGAACUCGAGACCCGCCAGUCGGGGUGCCGAGCCCCUCUCGAUCGCCCCCGCAGCCACUCUGAUCGUCAGUGCAGCUUGUAGGCAAGAUCCAAUGACGGACUCGGACUUUUUUACGGAGAGCGACGCGGAUGCGCACGAGGAGAUCGUGCGGGGUGACAGGCGAGCGCAAGUUAUCGACGGCACGCUCUUCUGCGCGCCAAACGAGCGACGCUGCCCGAGUUUCGAGCCUGGCGAGGAGAUGGACUCGUCGGGUAUCUACUCGGACCUGGAUAAGCGCCAGGACAGUGCCGGUGUCGAUGCCGAGGGCUACGGCGAUGGCGACCAUACGACCGACACUGGAGACACCGGGGAUACCGAGAUAUCCAUGAAGAGUCAGCCCUCCCCCGGGGACAAGACCCCCAUACCAGCUCUGAUCGUCAAUAAUGCACUUUCCCCAAUGAGUAUGUUGAACGAUUCGGUGGAAUCUGCCGUGUCGAUGGCCGAAGUGACUGUGAUCAAGUGCCAAAAGAACGAGCAAAACUCGGCGACCAAGUCAAAGUCCAAUAGCAUCUGCAACAAAGAGAACUCGGUGCCGCUCAAAAAGUACAAAAUGCCAAAGAGAAACGUUAUCUCGAAAAUCAAAACGAUGAUCGAGUCAAAUCAUAACAUUUCGAAAGAAGAGACGGAGAGUGAGUCAAGGAGGCUUCAGAGGCAGCAGCGAAAAACCGGACGCUGGGAUGCCGUGAUGAAUAAGAUAGAGGCGAGCAAGCAACGAAGCAAACCUCUGAAGAAGGACGUAAAGUCGCGAGUUUUGCAAAAUUUGGGCACAUCUACAAGUUCAACGGCGUCGACUUCUUCAACAAGGCGAGCAACUAUGGGUGGUGAUAAUUACAACAAUGCAAAUAUCAAAGACAAACGAAGGAUCCGAGGUCGUCUGGACACGAAUUCUCCCAACCAGGAGACAGCAAGAAGUUCCGUGCGCAGCUCGGCAAGUGACUUGAGCAGCGCAAACAGCAAAGAAAUACCGAAGAGGCCACCGAGGAAAAACUUUAUCGACGCCCAUCAACCCAACAACAAUCAGCUCAACUCUAGCAAUGCAAACAAAUCGAACAUUUCGACGGGCCGGAAGGCACCCAGCAUCAAAAGUGUCCAAUCCAACAACGUUCACGCGAAACAAAAAAAUGCGACUACCAAUAAAGUUGCAGAUCGUAACAACCGCGGGGCUGCCUCGCCUACCAGCACGACCAGCAUCGGUAGCAACCACAACAACAGUCACAGCAAGCCCGACCCGGCCGGGCCCGUCAUCAACAAUCAUCAUCACCAUCAGGUCCGCCUCAAUCACAACACCAAUGCCAGCAGCAAUCACAACCACAGCAACGGCACGGCCGGUCUCCUCGUCGCGUCGAACGCCAUGGAGACGUCGCCGCUGCCGAUCCCCGCUGAAACGUCCCCAGCACCGGCGCUAAAGGAGACCAGGGACCAGGAGAGCCAGGUCGAUCUUUUCCAGCGGGAGCUCGAGGAGGCCUGCGCCCGCCAGCGGGUGCUCGAGACCGCCUGGGGCAAGAGGGCCGACGACACGGUACAGGCUCUCGCCAUCACCGUCCAGUACUUCACGCAUCGGUUGGAGAGCGGUGCGAACCACAGGCUGAAAAAGGACCUCGAGAAGAUGAGGACCGAUUGGCUGACGACGAAAGCCGAGCUCGAGAAUCUCAGGCUGCGGUACGCGAGCGUCGAGGAUGCGCUCGCCGAGGAAAGGGAGGAGCACUAUCGGGCACUCGAGAGUCUGCGCGAGGAGCUGGAUAACGAGCAAUCGGAGCGCUCCAGUCUGGAACAGUCGGUGCUCGAGGAGCGAAGGCGCCUGCAGGGCCUGGAGCAGCGCGAACGCGAGCAACGUGCCGCCCUAGAGCUCGAGCUCGCCCAAUUGCGGCAAAUGCAGCAGCAGCAGCAACAGGUGCCGGUGGUGGCGCCAGACCAGGCUGCCCUGUUGGCCGAGGUCGAGUCGUUGCGCACGGUGCUCGAGCUGCGCAUGCAAGAGAGCGCCCAGUUGCGCUCCGAGGUCGAUCUGUUGAGGCGCGACCUCGACGAGAAGGAGGUGCUGAGGCAGAGGUGCGAGGCCCUCGAGGCUCGCUGCGAGGACCUCAAGGCCCAGCUGGAGAGCAAGGAGUCCUUCGAGAGACACGCCCUCCAUGAAAACGAGGUGCUGAUGAACUCGUUGCACCAGCUGUCCAAGCAGCAUAAACGGCUCUCGCAGAGGAACGAGGAGCUCACUUGGAGGCUACGCCAGAAGAACGAGGUGGUCAGUGUGCUGACUAACCAGUUGACCCCCCAGUCGCAGAGGCUUUCCAAGUCCCUGGGCCCCGAUCACAAUGAUCACUGCUCGACGGCCGACUUUAACUGCUCCCAGAAAUCCGAGCAGAUGUGCUCGAGCACCGUGAGGUACCUGGUGGAGAAGGGUGACUCGGUUUCCUGGACACUUGACAUCGCUGAGAGCAUGGACACUAGUAGUAACGAGAGUUGCGCCAAGAGUCCUAGCUCGGCGACCCGGCGCUACCGCGAUAGCAAUGGUGGCCUGACGCCGCGACAAAAUUCGCUCAGGUUGUCGAUGCCAAGACGGACGGCAAAGAGCCUGGCGACCAGUACUUGCAGGACGCGUUCCAACAGCGUGUCCACGACGACCGAGGUGGCCAGCGCGACCGCCGCCUCCUCCACCUCCCAGUUGUCGUCGUCGUCCGUCACGACUGUCAGGACAGUGGCCUCUAAUGACGAAACAGCGUGGAGUCCUUCGUAUAGCUCAACGCCAAUGCAGCGCCGGAGAAACGUUCCUACUGCCGAGACCGCAUGGUCGCUGUCAAACACCAUCACGGAGACUAGCAGCAGCAGCAACAGCAGCAGUGGUAAUGGUGGCUGUAACAUUGGCACCGGCGGCUGCAGUAGCAGCAACAAUGGUGCUAACGCGACGAUUAGCACCAACUCCAAAACUAUGACAGUCGAGUUAUCGACGACCGAUGAGGAAGAAGAGGAAGAGGUCGGCCAGCGGCCCCAGGAGGCUGGUGGCGAGGCAAUGAUCUCCGAAGAGACCUCAACCUCUUCCAGCAGCGAAGACGACGAGUCUUCGGUCAGCAGCGGUGACAUUCCUUGACUCCUAACACAAGCAAAACAGACGCACAACUGGAUCCAAAUCGCCAAGGCCAACACAAAGGCCAAAUUCGAAAAAUACUUCAAGUAUUAAGGUGUUACAUUGACGACGACGACGACGAUGACGACGAGGACGACAUUGACACCUUCGUGUGUGUAGGGAGGCUUUUGAUUUUUUGAAAAGCUGUUGUUAAAUACGCUUUGCAGACAGUUAAAUAUGCUGUCGCUACAAUACGUUAUUUUUUUUAUACGUACAUUGUUACUAUUAUAAUUAAUAUGAUCAUUAUCGUGCGCGUUUUAUUUUUUCGAGUUAAAAUUAAAGAAAAAAAAUAAUUGCGAUUUUCAGUGAAAAAGUGACAAAAUAGUAUUGCGUUAUUCAAGCGGUUGUAUUAUUUGUGCUGAUUUAUUUUUAAGUUUAAUGAUCACCCAAUAAGGCGAAACAAAGUAAUUAGUGUUAAUGGUUUCCGGAAAUGUGUCUCUAUUAAGGGCGAGCAUUACUAAGAACGCGAGAAUUAAUAUGGUCAACAAGAAAAUAUCUUGGUUGAAUAAUUUAUUACCAUUUAAGUUGCAUUUUUCUGUAAAUAUUUAUUAAAUUAUAUUAUAUUGUAAGUUACGCGGUUCAAAAUAUUCAAAGUUAUAUUGAAUAAUCAUUAUUUUCUUUUUGUACAAAUCUCAAAAACAAUCCCGAGGAACACUUAAUGCUUUUCGACAAAAAAAGCCUUUUUUAAAAAAAAUGCGAUCUAGCUUUUUACUGGCUGUUUGUUGCUUCUCCCCGUGACCUUGGUAAUGAUUAAAUGAUUUUUCAAUUUAAAUUUCAUCAGUCAUAAGCUUGUGAUUAUUUGCAAAGGAUAAACACGUAAAGCGCAUCUUACAAAAUCGAUUUACAUAGGAGUUAUUAUGCGGACACGCGCAUACACAAAGUUUUUAUAUAACAAAAGAAUGAUUAAGCCUUUUUG